AUGAAUCUCAACUUCACCUCCCCUCUACACCCGGCAUCUUCUCAGAGGCCCACGUCCUUCUUCAUUGAGGACAUCCUGCUGCACAAGCCCAAGCCACUAAGGGAGGUGGCCCCCGACCAUUUUGCCAGCUCUCUUGCUUCCCGGGUGCCUCUGCUAGACUAUGGCUACCCCCUCAUGCCCACACCCACCCUCCUGGCUCCUCAUCCCCAUCACCCUCUGCAUAAGGGAGACCACCACCACCCUUACUUCCUCACCACUUCAGGGGUGCCGGUCCCCGCGCUGUUCCCGCACGCCCCGCACGCGGAGCUCCCGGGGAAGCAUUGCCGCCGCCGCAAGGCGCGCACCGUCUUCUCGGACUCGCAGCUGUCUGGCCUGGAAAAGAGAUUCGAGAUCCAGCGCUACCUGUCCACGCCGGAGCGGGUGGAGCUGGCCACGGCCCUCAGCCUGUCCGAGACGCAGGUGAAAACGUGGUUCCAGAACCGGCGGAUGAAGCACAAAAAGCAGUUGAGGAAGAGUCAGGACGAGCCCAAAGUGACGGAAGCGCCGGAGAGCCCAGAACGCAGUCCCCGCGGCCCCGCGGCCGCGCCCGCCGAGGCUCGGCUGGGCCUGCCCGCCGGCCCCUUCGUGCUGGCGGAGCCGGAGGACGAGGUGGACAUCGGGGACGAGGGGGAACUCGGCUCGGAGCCGCGAGUGCUCUGA